AUGUGCCAACUGGGAGCCGGCUCGUUUGGGGUAGUGCAGAAGUGCGUUAAUUCCACAAAUGGCGGAGUUUACGCCAUGAAGACUAUUGAGAAGGCGCGCGUCAUAGAGAAGGACAUGGGGGAGCAAGUGAAGCGGGAGGUGCUGACACAAUUGAAGGUCAAGCACAAGAAUCUUGUUCGACUGCAUUACUACUUCGAAGACGCGGCGAGGAUUUACUGCCUUUUGGAGUUUGCAGACCAAGGACAGCUCUUUGCAUAUUUAAAGGCCGAAAAACGCCCGCUUCCGGAGCCGAGAGCUGCGUCGUUCUUCUUCGACACCGCCAGAGGCAUCGACUACCUGCAUUCCCUUCGCAUUGCACACAGGGAUCUGAAGCCUGAAAACAUUCUUCUUUUUGGUGACGAGCUGCUUGCCAAAGUGGGCGAUUUCGGAUGGUGCGUCGAGCUCACGGAUGGCCCAAGGCUUACUUUUUGUGGGACACUGGAGUACGUUUCGCCAGAGAUGCUAUGCGGUGAACCGCAUGACGAAGCUGUAGACCUGUGGGCUCUCGGGGUACUUCUGUACGAGAUGCUCCUGUCCCACGCGCCGUUCCUUGGAUCCAAGAAAGAUUUGAUGGACAGAAUCUGUGAUGUGGAUUUCCACAUACCCAAGGGGUCCAUGUCCCCGGGUCCAGAAGAACUCAUCCGUGGCCUGCUUGUACGAUCUGGCUCAUGCCGGAUGCCGCUGAAGCGGAUACUAGAACAUGAGUGGUCUCUGGUUGUUUGUACUGCACAGGAUGUGCUGGCUGCACGGACGGAACUGGCAGUAGGUGAUCAGCCACGGCCGAAAGCUCGCAUUAUCCGACCUGCUGAUACUUCGUGCUGUAGCGACUUGCAUCCGCAAGUCUUUCCCAUGGCGAACAAGUUUUCAGCGGUUCUCACCGCGAAGCAGGAACGGCAAGCUGGUGUAAGCAGUGCGAAUAUUUGGUAUACCAGCGGCAACAGUGGUAAAGAUCUGUGGAAGCUCAAGGCCAAUAACCCUGAGCUCUUUGCGAAACAGGGUGCUGGAGAUGCAGUGCCACCCGGCUUCGAAGAAACGGACAAGGCCGGUUGGUAUUACAAUCGAGCAGACAAAAUCUUCUGGGUGCGGAGCACGAGGCAGCUGCUGUGGUUUGAUGAAGAAAGCGGUGAACACAAGGAGCUCUACGAAGGCCAAAUCCUUCCGCUCGCCUUCGGAGGCGGAGCGGCAACCAGCUCCGAGGCGACUGGGGCGGCUGGAGCGACCGGAGCGAAGCCGGUGCCGAAAACCGUGGUGAUUCCCGAUCUGCACCGCGUGGCCUCCGCCUUGAAGACGGAGCUGUCGCACGUCGACAGACCUGCAGCCAUGCUGGGCGUCUUUGGAGGCGGUGAAAUGACAGCCAGAGCAUUCCCGGAGAAAUUAGUGAAGCGCCUGGGUGCUUCACGGAGUUGCUGGUCCGAAGAGGAUCUGCGAAGGGCAGUGCAGAAAGUUGUCCAAGAAGCUGGCGGCGGUCCGGCGUCGGUGGUUGUCAUCAUGGGUUGCAGGGCGACUGCCGUUACAACGGACGGAGCUUCAUUUCGGGUGACUGUGCGGCCGCUGCAGGGCUCCCUGGGUUUGCUUCCCGCGCCGACGCUGAUGGCUUCUUCUGCUACAUCCUCCAACACGAGCCUGUCUUUGAAAGAUGGGCACUGUUUAUUCGCUGCUUGCAGUGUGGGCGGCGGGUCCAAGCCUGGUCUCUUGACGGAAGAGGCCUUCGAGUCUUCCUUGGCAUCACAGCUUGCGAAGGGCUGGGCGCGGACAGGUUCCAUCACGCUUCUGCAGUCGGCCAGACAAUCGGGGAUCUUGGAGCCGUUGGCAGUUGUUUGCGCACGCCUUGUGCCAACAGAGGGUGCGUCAAGCGAAGCACCUGCGAAGCGCUUGAAGACGGCCUCAACAAGCCCUAUUUUCGCCGCGGGCACAACGGGCACAUCAGGACAAAACGGUGGCAAAGCUGACCAGGUGCGGCUGCGACAAAUCCUGCUCAGAGUAGCCGCUGCUGGCCCACCUGUCACAGAUCCUGUUCGGCGGAAGCAGGUGAAGCGCUCUCAAGAACAGGCAGAAGCUGAGAUGCUCGACAUCUUGCAAAGCCUCGAGGCAGACAGCAUGAAGAGCUUUCAGAAAGUGUGCCGCGAGAGAUCUGAAUGCCAAUCAGCGCUCAAGGGAGGGGAACUCGCUGGAGACAUGGGCUGGCUCGAUCGCGUGAAGGGUGUUGGCAUCCAGCAAGACCGCGCCAAGCAAGGUGUGCGGCCGCAAGUUCCAGCAGCAGUGUUGAAAGCUGCCUUUGAGCUUGCGGUCGGCGAGGUCCACGAUUUGGUCACAACAGAAGUUGGUGUGCAUCUUCUGCAACGCACUGCCUAG